AUGAUGGUUGAAAUAAUUGAUCUUACAAAUGCACCUCCAUCACCACCUAGAUCAUCUAAUGCAACAAAAAUUGAUGUUUCUGUUAAAAAAAAUCAAUUUGAGAAAAAUCCUAUAUCCUCAAGGGCUUGUGCAAAAUCCAACUCACAUCGUCGUAGCCAGGAACAAACUACUCCAUGGCCAUCCUCAAAAUAUACCUAUGAGCCUUUUGAUAUUGCUUCUAGGUUUCAACUAGGCGUUCAUGGUGAAAUGAUUGCUACUGUAUCUGCACCUCUACCUAAAUCAAACACAUACCUAUUUCCACAGGGAGCUAGCCUCAGUGAGCUUUGGACUCAAACAGAGCAUGAGUUUGUGUCCUUCAAAGCUUAA